AUGCGACCUGAAUCUGAUCAUGAGACAUCUCGCAUAGACUACCUGGAUUUGCAUGCUGAAUAUAAACACCUCAUUGAAAUUGAGAUUGUACUUUGCGUCAUUCCUGCCAUCAAGAGCUCGUUGCAUACAAGUGAUCCAUUUGUGGGCAGUGAUGAGAGCUACAUGCUUCACAGCAUGUAUUCCAUCUUCUCAUCAUUUGCUGAUCUUGUUUGCCAUUGCCGGUACAAAUCCCAAUGGAACACAGUCAAACUCCCCAAGUCAAUGAGACAAAGGCUAGCGAAGCUGGAUGACAACCAACAGAAGUCCUCAACUCGAUCUCUCGAUGAAUCAUCAUAUGUCUUUCCCGACCCUCUUGUCUCUAUGCCCGAUGACACGCCAACCAUCUCAGAUGUCGAAGAUUGGACACACGAUUCUAUGGGAUCCGAGUCUUACACAUUUUCAUCCGCACACCCUUUUGAUGUCAUGCCACUUAGUUCCACUUGUUCCUCCCUCCACUCACUUUCAGAUGAUGGCCAUGAACUCAAGGUAUUGGAUGAACCCGUGUAUAGGACCUCUACCGCUCGGCGGCCUCAAAUUACUUCUACAGAAAAUGAACAAGUUCCUGGUUAG